AUGACUGCCCUGCACAGCGCUCCCCUCCUCUUCUUCCUCUCCUGUGUCCUCUUCUCCAUCAUUGCCCAGGCAGCAGCCAAGGGAGUGACAGCAAGCCUGGCUGCCAAGUGGCCAGAGAGCCCUCUAUUGCUGGAGGCCAGCGAAUUUAUUGCAGAGGAAGGAAAUGACAAAUUUUGGCAGUUUUUGGGAACCGUGCAAGAGAUGACUAUUUAUAAAAACAAAGACUCUGAGUACUCCUUCUACAGUCUAAUACUAAAGAAAGCUGGCCAGUUUCUGUCAGACCUUCAGCUCACCUUGUUGAAAUUUGCUUUUUCUUUAAGGGCGUACUCUCCCACUGUACAGAUGUUCCAACAGAUUGCAGCUGAUGAGCCUCCUCCAGAAGGUUGCGGUGCGUUUGUCUCUAUCCAUGGAAGUCACACCUGCAAGGCAAGUCAGGUUAAGAAACUUUUGAAGGAUGCACUGCAGAGGCCAAGGCCCUAUUUAUAUAAAGGAGACCAUGUGUUCCCUACACUUAAUUAAGACUGCUCCAGUAGUCAUUCUGUAUGCUGAAGUAGGCACAAAAGAGUUUGCCACAUUUCAUAAAACAUUGACCGAAAAGGCAGAAAGUGGGGAAUAAUCUAUGUACUGCGACAUUACAUACAGAUGCCAAGUUCAAAGAAAAUUAACCUAUCUGGCUAUGGUGUAGAACUUGCUAUUAAAGACACAGAGUAUAAGGCAAUGGAUGAUACUCAAGCUGCAGUCACUAAUUCUACUACAAGUUCAUAUGACGGAAUCGAUGCAGACGUUCAAGGGUUUUAUUUUGACAAGUUAAUACAAAUGUAUCCUGAUUUGAAAAAUAAUUUGGUGGAGUUUCGAAAACAUCUGAUUGAAAGCACUAAUGAGAUGUUGCCUUUGAAAGUCUGGGAGCUGCAAGAUUUGAGUUUUCAAGCUGCCUCCAAAAUUUCCUCCACUCCACCUUAUGAAGCUUUAAAAGUUUUGCGUGAUAUGUGCCAGAACUUUCCUAUCAAAGCAAGGUCACUGACCAGAAUUGCAAUAAACCAGGAGAUGAGAAAAGAAAUUGAAGAAAAUCAGAAGCAUCUAGGACACAUAUGGGAUCCAGCCUGGGGAUGCAAGUCUCUAUAUAAAUGGCCUUCAGAUUGACCUAGAUGUUCAUAAUUCAUUCAGUAUCUUAGAUAUUUUGAAAAAUGAAGCAAAAGCUCUACAUGGCCUGUCGGUUUUGGGAAUAAAA